UCCACUGCGUCUCCAGAGAGAGAGAGAGAGAGAGAGAGAGAGUAAGAGAGAGACAGAGAGAAACAGAGAAAGACAAGACAAGAUGGUGUCUCAGUGCAGGCAGAUGCUGGGCUUCUCCCUGGGCAUCAUCGGCUUCCUCGGCAGCAUCGUGAUCUGCGCCCUGCCCAUGUGGCGCGUGACGGCCUUCAUCGGCGCCAACAUCGUGACGGCGCAGGUGAUCUGGGAGGGCCUGUGGAUGAACUGCGUGACGCAGAGCACGGGCCAGAUGCAGUGCAAGAUCUACGACUCCCUCCUGGCGCUGCAGCAGGACCUGCAGGCCGCCCGCGCCCUGGUGGUCAUCGCCAUCAUCGUGGGCGUCUUCGCCAUCCUCCUGUCCAUCUCCGGCGGCAAGUGCACCAACUUCAUCGAGGACGAGGCGUCCAAGGCCAAGGUGGCGCUGGCCAGCGGCGUCAUCUUCAUCAUCGCCGGCGUGCUCGUGCUCGUGCCCGUCUGCUGGACGGCCAACACCGUCAUCCGGGACUUCUACAACCCCCUCCUGACCAAUGCCCAGCGCAGAGCAAGCGUCGCCAUGGCAUCCGUGGGCCUGCAGAUCCUGGGCAGCGUCCUGGCCUUCCUGGGGUGGGUGGGGGGCAUCCUGACCUGCGCGCUGCCCAUGUGGCGCGUGACGGCGUUCAUCGGCAACAACAUCGUCACCUCGCAGACCAUGUGGGAGGGCAUCUGGCUGAGCUGCGUGGUGCAGAGCACGGGCCAGAUGCAGUGCAAGGUCUACGACUCCAUGCUGGCGUUGACCUCCGACCUGCAGGCGGCGCGCGCCCUCACCGUCGUCUCCGUCGUCGUGGGCGUCGCGGGCCUCUUCAUGGCCUUCGCCGGGGGCAAGUGCACCAACUUCAUGGCGGACGAGGCGGGCAAGGCGCGGGCGAGCGUCGCGGCCGGCGUGGUGCUCAUGGUCAGCGGCGUCCUCUGCCUCGUGCCCGUCUCCUGGACCGCCAGCAGCAUCAUCCACGACUUCUACAACCCCCUCCUGAACGACGCCCAGCGCCGGGAGCUGGGGGGGGCGCUGUACGUGGGCUGGGGGAGCGGUCUCCUCCUGCUGCUGGGGGGGGCGCUCCUCUGCACCUCCUGUCCCCCCAAGAAGGGCAAACGCAGCGCCUCCACGCUCCGGUACCACUCGAUGAAGAUCCCCAAACCAUCCAGCCAGUCUGACUCUGUGCCCAGCCACAAGCCCCCCACCCCACGCUCCCUAACACCAACCAAGACAUACAUCUGAGACUGCAGCAGAGACCAUGAGGUAUCCCACAGGUGACCGUCGCCAUGCCGACAGGUGUCUCUGUCUCCUUGUCUCAGUCACGCUCUUACUGUGUCUCGUUCUGUGGAGUCUUCUCUGCAGCGGGAUGUCAUGGCUUUGUGCGUUUUUAUGCUUGUACUUUUUUAUGACUAUGAUAAUAUGUUUUGUAUGAUUGUAGGUGUAGAGGUCAAUGAAGAAGGUGA